AUGGCCAGGAUCACUCUUAUUUCUGUUCUCAUCCUCUGGGCAGCCUCACAGCAGGGAAGAGGAGAUGACACUACAGAAAAAGGCCUCUCUUUGCUGGGGUACCACCUGUGCAACUACACCCUGACCAAAAGUGUGUUAAAAAUGGUCGCCUACCAAAAGUCCUAUGAGAAGAACACACCCUGUGGAGGGUGGAUCCCGUGGAUGGUGUGUCCCCAGACACACCACAGAACGCAGUUUCACAGCGUUGAAGUCCCUGAAACCUUCACUCUCACAGAUUGCUGCGAAGGAUAUGAACAAGUUGGACUCUACUGCUCUCUAGCACUCAAUAGAUCCAGUGUAUUUGCCUCAAGACCUGGUAUUUGUCCAGUGAAGGAUAUGGAAACAUUUGAUUAUCCUUGCACGUUCGAUACUGAAUGUCCAGGGCUGAAAAAAUGCUGCAGCUCAUCCAAAGGAGCAGGCUGUGUGGAUCCCAUGCCAGAGGGGAGGAUGUUCUGGUACAACGUGACAGUGCUUGUGAAAAUGGAUUUUAAUGAAUUAAUCCGGGUGGAUCCCCACCUUCUGAAUCAUUCCCGCCUUUUGCACUCUGUGAUCACUGGAGCACUGCAGCCCCUGAAUGCCUCUGUGCACCACAUCCAGAGUGACCGUGGGGACAUCUAUGCUGGGACAGUGGCCUCUCAGCUUCUCCUGGGACUGCACCAGCCAGCUCCUCUGGCAGAGGUUUCCUCCUCCCUGAAGGCCAUGGUGAAGCGAGUGUAUGAAGUGAUUGACACACAAGUGCAAGAUGUCAAUGAAUGCUCCUAUGCUGAGUUCAACGCUUGCCCUGAGAAAAGCAGCUGUGUAAACCUGGAGGGUUAUUACAGCUGCCACCCUCAGCAUGAACGUGCCACUGUCACCCCUCUCUGGCUGAGCCCAAGGAAGGAAGGCAUUGCAGCAUCUACUCCAAUUUCAGUAAAUGCUGUUAACACUGGCACUAGUUAUCCCUCUACAAGGAAAGCAAAUCUCUUGUCCAUAACCAACGAAUCUACAGAUGCUGGGUGCUAUCCCUCUGCAGUUACAAACCAUCAAAUCCUCAGCGUUACCAGCAACAGCUUUGAAAUGUCCUGGCUUGUCAUUCCCACUCUGAAGCACACAUUCCGAGUCCGGGUGUCCAAGGGCAAUGAAACUGUGCAAACCCUGCAGACAGAGGAAAUGCACAUGGAUGUGUCUCACCUGGAAGCAGGUGUGAUGUAUUCAGUAGAGAUCAGCUAUGAAACUUGUGGGAAAACCAUUAUCUCUCAUCAAAAUGUUAAAACAGAGGCCAAGAUAUUUGAUGUUACUAUGAGGAUUCUCAACUACAACUUCACUGAUGAUUUCCAUAAUUCCAGCAGCUCAGCAUAUGAAGAAUUUUCAAGACUGUUGCUUACAGAGCUUGAAAAUUCAUUCCCACCCAACAUUUCUGCCUUGUACAAAUCUGGGAAGCUGAAAGUGCAGAUUGUAUCCCUGGCAGCAGGAAGCAUCAUUGUGAGGCUCAGAAUCAUUGUGCAGGAUCCCGAGUUUCCAGUGGAUGCCUCCACAUUUGCCCCAGUGCUUUCCUACCUGCACAAUGGCUCCGUGCUUGUGGUGGAUCAGCAAAACACUGCAGUAGAAGACUGGGAUGAAUGUGCUUCCCAAGCUGAGAAUGACUGCUCUGUGUUUGCAGAGUGUAUCAAUUUGAUGGGCUCCUACACGUGCAAGUGCAAGACAACCAUGGAUACCAAUCCAUCCCGACCUGGAAGAAACUGUGAGGGUGAGAUUGUGGAUCCUCUCACUGAAACCAUGGCUUCUGAAACAAGAAACAGCAGGGACUUUGCCCUUGAAGAAGGAAGCCCUGCAGGCCCUGCUCCCGCUGCCACAACCGAGACAAUGGCGGCUGCAGGCCCGGCGUCAAGCGCCACCACGCUCCUCCCUGCCGCGCUGGCCCUGGGUGACAAACAAGCGUCCCACGGUCCCUCCAGUGCUCCUCCAACCCCUUGGCAAAAAGGCCUGGCCCCACAGAUGGGUCUCAGCAGGGGCAGCAGCCCCAUGGCCAGCAGGGCCCUGCCCGUGGGCACAGGAGCCACAAGUCCGUCACGGCAAAGCUCCGCGGCCAUGGCUGCUGUCCCCAACAGCCCCAGGGGCACGGCGGGGCCAGAGCAGCUCACUGCAGUUUGGGGGCUCCCAAACCCAAGAGCCUCAGGUGGCAGCAGCGCUCGCACGGCUCCUGCCGUGCCCCGAGGUGGCCCUGGCACCGCCCUGCUGGCCACAGGCAGCGCUGCCAUCGCCACCCUCCGAGCAGACGGAGAGCAGGGCACGGAGAACAGCUCUUGGUCAGAGGGACCCACUGCAGCCUUGGGGUCAGCAGCUCUGCCAGGCUCCUCUCCAGCCCCCAGCCCGUUCCGCAGUGAGUACACAUCCCACGGGAUCGGCACAUCCUUCCAGAAACUUAGUGGCACAGUUUGGAUAACAAACAUGGAAUACUCUCCAGGCUUUAGCAAUACAAGCAGUGAGGAAUAUCAAACUUUUGCACAGCUCUUUGUUGAUGAAGUGCGUAAAUCUCUGCCCCUUGAGGUGCUCCAGCAGAUGGAUGCUGGUCUGAUUAAAGUGCUGGUAACGGGUGUUACUAAUGGGAGCACAGUGCUAAGUUUCAAUCUGCUGCUUGCAGAAGAAGUGGAUGUCCACCAUGUCAUCACCACUUUUUGUGAGGCUUUGGAACACAGCUCCUACUUCACCAUGGACAGGAACAACCUCUCCAUACAUGCUCUUCCCUUCAGCCAGAAAGCAACAGUGAUGGAUAAGAAACCAACAGUGAUGGAUAAGAAACCAACAGUGAUGGAUAAGAAACCAACAGUGAUGGAUAAGAAACCUGUGCACAGCACAAUUUUACCUGUGACAUCUUCGCAAACUUCAGCUCAUGUUUCCUCCCCUGCUUCACUGGACUUCUCUCCUGCUGAGCACAAAGCUCUGGUGGACACCAGGUUCUCCAGCACAGUGCUGACUCCUCUCACCACCGAUCCCAUGGCAACUCCUGAUGUUUCUCCUCCAGCAUCUCCAGUCCCCCUUGUCAAACCCACCCAAGAGGUUUCCAUUAAAGAAGCAGUGAGUGUGUUUUGUGAAAUUGAGAGGAUCAUCCUUGCCAUCCAGAAGAGAUUCUUGCAGCAGGAGUCCAUCCCAGAGAGUUCCCUGUUCCUGGGGGAGCCUGGCUGCAAUGUGAGCACCAGCAAUGGCACCCACGUUGUGCUGCAGGCGGGCUGGAGCGACUGCGGCACCCAAGUUGAGACUAACAUGACUACUACCGUGGUGAAAACCACCCUUCGGAAUGAUGUUUCUGCUCAGGGAAUCAUCCACCGCUUGAACAUUGCCAGUCCCAUCCACUGUGUGUUUCAAAACGAUGUCUUGACUUCCUCUGGGUACACUGCAGAAGGACUUUACACCAUCUUUGAGGAUUUGCACGGAUCUGGACACUUCAGAACAGAAAUGCAGUUGUUUAUUGGAAACUCCCCAAUCCCCAGAAAUUUCAGUGUCUCUGCCAGUGAGGAUGUGCUGAUUGAAGUGGGGAUGCAGAGGGCAGACAGCAAGCUCAAGGUGGUUCUCACUGACUGCUGGGCCACUCCAACCAAUAAUUCAGUGGAUCCCCUGUCAUUUGUUUUUAUCAGCAACAGCUGUCCCAUCCCAAACACUUACACCACUCUGCUGGAAAAUGGGAAUUCGAGCAAAGCUCAGUUUAAGAUGAAAAUUUUUUCCUUUGUCAACAACUCUGUGGUUUACUUACACUGCAGAAUUCGUAUUUGUAUGGAGUCACCAGGAAGCACCUGCAGGACUAGAUGCCAUGCAAGGGCUGGACUCCUGAAGGCUGGAGAAACCCUCGCCCUGCACAGAACAUCCUGGGGACCCCUGUGUAAAUCAGCAUCUGAUUCGAAGAGAGGGAAGGAGGCUGGAAUGGGAAUUGGAUACAUCAUCCUCAUAGUCCUUGCUGUGUUUGGUUUUGUGCUGGGAGUUGUGACCCUUCUCAUUUUCCAGUACCAGCGAAAGACGGGGAGAUACAACCUCAGGAUCAAGUCUGACAACUUCAGCUACCAAGUGUUCUAUGAUUAGUGAUUCCCAGGUUGCCACAUUGGGAUCAUAUCACAUAAAGAACUGAAGUUUGUCUUCAUUCAACAUUUGGCUUUCCUUGCUCUACACAACACUGACUCUUUCAAAUUAAUGUAAUAUAUGAAAGGAUUCUAUACCCCUUU